UAUGACUAUACUGUCAUGCUGUCCAGUAAUUGUUUUGGCUAUGAAAAGGCAUACUAUAGUUUAGUGUCCUAUUCUGAUGGGUAAACUUGGUUGUGCAGUGGUAACAUUUGCAAUAGGAAUACUUGUUCUUUCAGUGUUCAUGUUCAUACAGUUAACUAAAGGACAAAGUCGUGAUGUAUAAAUCUAAGUUAUUUUAAAAGUUUCACUCACGUGGGAAGAAACAAUGAGUCACUGCUACUGUGUUCAGGACUGUAAACAUCAUGUCAAUAACCUAUAUUUGGGGUGUACAGAAGUUCAGUUUUCUAUUUGCACCGUCAUGUUUACUAUAAUGACAAUACACUAGCACGUCUGAAUUGGCUACAUUUUAAUAUUUUGCGUUUGUUUUAUAUUGUAGUAAAUCAACAUGUUAAUAUCAAAACAUCUAUUCUUAAAGUGGUGAUGACGUAGUAAGAACAACCAAAGUCCAGAGGCUCGGGUGUAGUGGCUUCAGAGCUUCAGCUCGUGUACGAAACUCGGAUAAAACGCCUUUAUCACUUAGUCAACAUCUAAACCCAUGGUGAAUAUCUGUAGAAGAUGCACAAUACUAUUAGAUUCGAUUCACUUUAAGUGAUUUAAUGUAACAUCCUUGUGAUAGUAGUAAAAGUACGGAGUUGUUGAGGUAGAGUUGCUGUUGCUAAGAUAGCUAACAGUUGGAGCUGCGCAGAGUUGUAUCCCCUGUUGGAACAGGAGUGAGGAGAGGACGAGUAGCUGCUUGACCCCUUUCAUGCUGUGAAUAUGUUAAAUUUCAUCAACUUUUGGUCUCCAAAAUCUUCGAACCUAUGGUGAAGAGAAAGAAGACGUCGUCAGCUGUCGACGAGCUGGAAAAUGGGAUGACAGUAGGCCAAGGGGAUGUAUCUGGGGGUGAGGGGCCAAAGAAACCUGCCCGCAAACUGGAGGGUUGCGAUGAGGAGGAGAGCGGAGAUCAGGCGAGCGAGGAGACGAGUACAAAGAGAGACGAAGAGGAAAUUCUUAAUCCAUCAACUGCGGCCAGCUCCAGUUUGACUCUGAGUCUUCCCACUUCCACACCGAACCCGUCCGGACCACCAGAGAACUUACAGUCCAAUAGUUCGCCUCCUCCCGUCCCACAGAACCAGGAUCAGCAUCAUUUUCUCCGUUCCAGUGUGCGACCUCCGAGCAAGCGGCUCCGGAAGGACCCCGUUGCCCCUGCGCUGAACGGGCACGGCGGGGCGAAAGCGAAAGGGGCAGAGGCAGGGCCAGCAUUGUGUGCAUCAACCACAGCGGGCCCCGUAGGAGGAUCAGGGGCUGGGGGCAGCUCUCGGUCAGGCCCGCGAGGCCAGGGCUCCGGGGGGACAGAGGAGGGCGGCAGCCAGAAGCGCACCCGCAGACAGUGGGAGUCCUGGAGCACCGAAGACAAGAACAGUUUCUUCGAGGGCCUUUAUGAGCAUGGGAAGGACUUUGAAGCCAUUCAGAACAACAUAGCACUGAAGUACAAAAAGAAAGGGAAGCCAACCAGCAUGGUGAAGAACAAGGAGCAGGUUCGCCAUUUUUACUACCGCACCUGGCACAAGAUCUCCAAGCAUAUCGACUUCAACAAUGCAUACUCCCGUGUGCUUAAGAAGUCCUCUCAGGAGCUCUACGGCCUCAUCUGCUACGCCGAGCUUAGGAAGAAAGUUGGAGGCUUGAUGGACGAUAAGAAUGUUGCGAAACUGAACGAGCUCAUUCAGCAGGGAGCCACCACAGUGCGUUCCAAAGGCAGAAACCUGCGGAUUAAAGCCCCAAUGUGCCGAGCCCUAAAGAAAUUGUGUGACCCAGAUGGAGUGAGUGAUGAAGAGGACCAGAAGCCUGUCCGGCUACCGCUGAAGGUUGCCGUGGAGCUGCAGCCACGUAGCAACCACUCCUGGACCCGUGUUCAGAGCCUGGCCCACAAUCCCCGCCUCCGGAUGGUUGUGGAGCUCCACAGGAAGGUGUCCAGUCUGAUUGAGUUCCUGAAGCAGAAAUGGGCGGUGCAGGACCAGCGAAUUCGUAAGAGUCUAGAGGAACGGGAAGCUCUGGAGGGAGCCCCUAAGAAGGCGGAGUCUGAGGAGCUCCUCCUCUUCCCGGCCGAGAGCAGCACGGUGACUGCUUUGCCGGGUGUGGCGCGUGUGGUGCACUCCAAAGCUUCGUGCACGGUGCACUGGCAGGAGACCGGGAGGAGCCGCCCGGGUUCCCGAGACCUGCCCACUGCCCACAUACUGGGCAUCCAGCCUGGGGGCAGGGGAGUGGGGCGCCCUGGGAAGGGUGCAGCGCCCCCUGCUGUGAAAGCAGAGGGACAGAGCCUGGAGGGGACGGACGGUGGCUCAGCAGGAGUAGCAGCUGCAGCGAGUGGGGGAGAGAAUGCUAGUGCUAACGCUAACCCAACUCAAGGCUCCACUGUAGCGUCUGUUAUCUAUCCUGUGCACUCCACUUGCGCGGCCAUCCCCCCGUCACUCCCAGCGGAGCAGAGCGUUGGAAAGGGACCAGCCGAGACGGAGGGGGCUGUGCAGGGGGACACGGACGGCAAGGAGAAAAUCUCCCUAGCGGAGAAAGACUGCGCUCCUGCCGAGCAAAACAAGGAGGAAGCCAUGGCAGCAGGCGUGGUGUCUCCCGACCACGCUCCUGCUCCACCUGCCGUGUUACCCGACACCUCCACACGGGCAGAUGGGGACGGCGGCGGUGGUGGUGGUGGUGGUGCUAGUGGUGGUGGUGGUGGUGUGGUAGUAGUGGUGGUGGUGGCAGCAGCAGUGUCACUGCCAGCGUCAUGCCAACGGGGCUCUCCGGAGAGGAUCCGCGAGGAGGGCUGGAGCGUCCAGGAGGCAGAGAAUGUGACGCUGGCUGAGCUCUACCUCAUGCUGGGCAAGCCAGGCAAGCUGCAGCUGGAGUAUGAGUGGCAGGCCAGGCCGCAGCCCCCUGCGUCCAUCCCGCCCAACACGCACAACGUCCUGCGCUGCCUCCUUCGCCUUGUGGCCUCAGAGGUCAACCCCAAACCGGCUCCGGAGCUGUGUACAGUGGGCACAUCCCCAGUGAAGCCGACUCUGGAGGAGCAGGCCCAGUCCCUGACUCCCCCAGGCAAAGCCCCUGCGGGAGCCAUGCGCAGUCCCACCUGUGGCCGCCAGCAAAGCACAACACGCAACACCAAGCUGCUGCUGCCUAACGCAGUCACCACAGGUGGGAGAAACCUGCCCCGCUCUCUGCUGGUGUCCGGGGCUGAUGGCGAUGGGGGCGUUUUCGCCGUGCCAACCAUGCUGCCCCCAAAUAGCUCACGUCUCUCACGCAUGUUCUCCCCCAACAAGGAGGCCGAGCUGGCCUUUAGACAGCAGCUGGACUCCAUCAGCUCUGACUUUUUGCUGCCGAAGCAGAGGAAGCUGGGAAGGAGUCGUCCCCUGAGGAAACCUCUGGUCGUCCAGAGAACAUUGGUGCCGCGGACAACUGGCGACACAUCACAGCACGUCUGUUCCUUUUCCAUACUCUCCAACUCCUCAGCCACAGGAACGGGCUCCUUUCGGCCUAUUCAGCCCCGUGUACCUCUGGCGCGACCUCUCGUUACCAAAACCACAGCCAGCGCACCAAGCCCUUCACCCUCGACUGAACUGUCCAGUGCGAUUGACCUGGCGGCCAAGUCUGCGGGCAUCAUUCCAGGCAGCCCAUGUGGAGAGAUGGAGGCCCCCGCUGUGGAGGACGAUCUCCUGGGGCCGGAGAGAGACAUGCCCCUGACGCCGCCCCAGCCCCAGACAGACAUCCUCCAGGAACAAGCAGAGGAGUCUCUGCAGAACAGCCUGCCCCCUCCUUCCCCAGGUGGUGCUGACUCCAUGCUUGCACCACCCAGCGUCGCCUCCUUAUUGGACAUCUCACUUCCUGGUCCCCCAGAGGAGUCCCUCCCCUCGGGAGAAGCCCAGACUCAUAUCAGCGACUCCAUCAUCGAGCUCGCCAUCAACUCCGCACAUUAUGGGGAUGGAUCAUCUAUGUCUCCGGCCAAACUCAAUGGGACAGACACCCCCAAACUGCUGCCCUCUCCCUCCGAUAGCCCAGCCCACAGCUGGAUCCCCUCACCCUCUCAUGACCCCCAGUGGUACCCCAGCGACUCCACAGACUCUUCACUUGGCUGCCUGCUGUCAAGUCUGGUGUCCCCUGAAAAACAUCGCCGGACACAACUCCGCCCUGUGGGCCCAUCCAGUGGUACAGCCCUCCUGGGCCCCAGCUGUCUGGACUCCAAUUCCCAUGAUUCAUUUCCGGCCAGAGGCCUACCUGAGGUCGACACCCAGCUGGCCUGCAUGAUGAGUGAGAGCAGCGUGGACUACAUCGCCCGGUUCAACGACCUCGCCCAAGAGCUGUCUGUCACAGAGUCACAUCUCCCACACCACGGGGUCUGAGAGGGGCCAAGGGGACCUGCCACAUGUCUGAUCGCAGAGUUGCCCAAUCAACAGCCUGGGAGCUGAUGCCCUUAGGGCAUGCUUGGGGACCUUUUCAUCUGGGAGUCCCAGGUGUCCCUGGUUAGGCCACAAGGGUGUGGUGCUUUGGCGUGAGAGGGGUGUCACCUCCUCAGCAAGAAGUAUGUGUGAUUGGUGGAACAGUUUAAAGAAGUGCAAUAGUGCGCCAAGAUCUACACCACCCGACCUGAUUGGGCUGUGUGUAUGUGAGCGAACGAGUGUGUGUGAGGUGAGAGAGAGAGCGCGUGUGAAUGGGAGACUGUGUGACUGACUAUUCUGAGAGUGCUCAGUGAGCCGCCCUCUGGAAACACUUUAAGCAAGACUGCUUACAAAAGAAACCUCAUGUACAGAAAAUCCUUGCCUGCCAUAUCUGAACAAAGAGCUUCCCCUCUAUACCUCUAUCUUGCUGUCUCUCUGCCUGUCUGCUUGUCUCUCCGUCCCCUCAUAGUUGCGUGUGUGUGUGUGUGUGUGUGUGUGUGUACACAAUAGUGUGAAAUUGAACUGAGUGAUUUAAAACUUCUCUGUCUGUCCGUAUCCCUCCAUUGUUGCUGCUCCCUCUCUCUUUUUCUAUCUCGCAACCUUCCUCUUAUUCUGGGUUUGCCUAGCUGAUAUCCUCAGAUAUGCAGUACAAAUUACAAAAGCUUAGUGUUGAUUUUAUACCUUUAUGUCCACUCCCUGAAGGACCAUUAUAGGAUUACAUCCCAGAGCUGGGUUUGACCAGGACGGAAAACUUUACUAAGACCUUAUAUGUGUGCGUGUGUGUGUGUGUGUGUGUGUGUGUGUGUGUGUGUGUGUAUGUAUGUGUGUGAGGGUGUUCAUAUGUCCUUCCUCCUCUCUGUAAUGUAAAAAUCUCCUUGAUGCAGAAACCAAGUUUUAAAAGCCAUAUGAUAAGAUUUUUGAGCAUUUGUAUGUGUGCGUGCACACGCCUGGUCCUUCCCUUUAUUCAUCCAUCCCAGCGACAUAUCUGCAGUAAUCUCAUUUCAGCGACUCUGCUUCCUGUCUGUUUUCAAUUGGCCGAUUUCAGGAACACUAACAUGGGAAGAUGUUGUUGUCUUAAAGAGCAACACAUUGGACGAGGACUAGAUGCAACCCUUAAAAGAAGGAGGCCAUUGCUGUCAUUGAUCUUUUUAGGAGUAGCAUUUGCGGCUCUGCUGGAAUGCGAUGAAUCACCCAAAUUCAGCUCUGGAGCAGCAUAACCUUGCACCCCAAUUACUCAGUCUGAUGUCUGGCACUGACACAGGCAGGACAUACCCUAGGUUGGGCUUGACAGUACGUUCAGUAAACACAGCCAUACGGUUAACACACACACUGACAUAGGUGUAACAGUUCAGACACAGCCGCAGAUAUUACUCAUUCUCAGGAAUACAGCAUGACACUCGGACACACACACAUUGUCACAUCCAUAUGAUCCACAUACUAAUGCCUUUAACUUAAUGAGUCACUAGCACAUACACUUUCACAUUACCCAAGAGGGAAAACCUGUUCACCUAGAGGUUGCAGUCCAGCUCCACUUGGGAAGAAACAAAGGCUUCCCUUUUUGUAUCUUUUUUUUUUCUGUUUUAACCUGGCAGCGUUGUAAUGUAAUCAAGUCAAACGGGUCCUAAUGUUGACUUUAAUUGCAAAAACGACCUUGCAGAUAUGCAGCUCAUGAUAGAAGGGUCAUCAGAUGGUGUGCGUGCGUGUGCGUGUGUGUGUGUGUGUGUGUGUGUGUGUGUACAUGUGUACAUGUGUACAAAAGAACACUGAUUCCAGUAUUCACUUCACCUUUGUAACAUACUGUAAAUGUUAUUUGGACUAUUUAUUGAUAACCAUUGAAGGUGUUUCUGUUUUUAUUUGUUUUAAUUUAAUAUAAAAGGCCUCUAAAACAUACAUCCCUGCUGUUUUAAAGAUCUGAGUUUGUAAAGUUGUUUUUACUCGUGCUUAUAAAUAGACAUUCAAAAACAAAAA